UUGCGUUGUUGACACAUUUCGCGGCAAUCUUUUAAAACCCGGUAAGUGAAAGUUUUGUAUUUAAAAUUUUGUGCAUAAGUGAAAAGUAUUGUGUUAAAAUUUUAUUUCCUGAAGAUAUGUCAUCGAGGAAAAUAGCGUUUUGAGAAAACAAAAUCUGAAAAUGGCAAGCGAGACUUCUUUUACCUCUUUAUUAGAUGAUUCGCUUUCAGAUAACGACAAAAGUAUCGAGGAUUACUCGUCCAAGUUGAAAGAUGCCUUGGAGAAUUUGACUGAGAGAUACGACGCAGAAUCAUUGCAGCAAGCUCUGCAACAAUCUUUAUCUUCGUGUUCGGAUAAUCUACUGGAUAAGAAAAUUUUCAGCGAAACGCUUCCUUUCGCCUAUAAUCUUUUAUCCGAGGCUCUAAAGAAAAUUGAUGGGAUAGUAAAUGCAAAUCUGGAUGGAGAUACGGUAGAGGACGUGAAACGACAGUUUCUCGUCUGUCAUGAAUUAUUGAGUGUAUGGGAAAAAUCUAUGGAACGCGUGUCGAAACUUCAUAAAACAACUGCCGUUGAUCUCAAGUGCAUAGUGAAGAAUGUGCUUCUUACGAUUAAAUUAAUAUUCGAACACUGUAGAGCAAGUAAAAUAUUGUACGGUACUUUAUUCGAGGACGUAUCGGAAGAAUUAACGAGUCUCUUUCGCAAGGUGAAAACGAUCUUGAAUCUAUUUCUGGCCACUUUAGACGGUGUAAUAGUCUUCGACACGGAUACGGAAUCGGAAACGGAACUGUUGAUAAAAGUAAUCGAUUCGAUCGGAUUGUUUGUUACCAUUGCGCACGAAUUGGAUCUGAAAACGUUCGUAGAAACGUUGAGAAUAUUUGGCAAAUUAGCGAUUGUAAACGAACAUCAUGUGAAACAAACAAAUGUCACGAGCGUCACAUUGCAUCUUGCCCAAUUAACAAAAGACAUAUCAUCCAUGCUUUCAUUUUGUCAGGAUUCAGCUGAUCGAGUCAAAGAAAGAAAAAUAAAAGUUAUUGGUCAUUCGUUAAAAAUUUUGGAUAGAUUAUUUGCCGUCUAUUGUUCACACAUAAAUAAUGAAAUCCUUUCGUUUGCAGUCGAACUUUUAUUAAAAAUGCACAGGUGCUCUCCAUUAUGUAUAAAAAAAUCACAGAUCGAUAGCGAAUUAAUCGAAUUGAUAAACGUUCAAAUCUCAAAUGGAUCCGAGCCACUGUUAAAUACCAUUUUCAAAUCUUCUAAUUUUAAACAGAUUUUCUUCGAUUAUGGAAAUCAAACAAAUGUUGACAAAUUAGGCUACCAUUUAUUAAUAAUUAAUAUCAUGAGAAAACUAAUUAAUAUGCCAUACGAGCAUCAUUGUAAAUGGACAUUAGGUGCUGAAUCGAUUAUCGAUGUCGCAUUAAACAACAUUAACUAUUUGCAGGAAGAGAUUUGUGUGGGUCAGGUGGGAUUACCAGGUAUACACGACAUUGGAGAAAGACCGAGAUCUGCUUCGAUAUACGAGGCUACGAUAGUACCAAUUUGUGGACUGAUCAGCCAAAUACCUCCAGAUGGAUUUCACGCUAUCGAAUUGAUUUUAUUGAAGUAUUUGCUAAGCAAUCAAUUUUGGAGUUCUUUGCUUAGCUCAGAUAUUUGGUGCUUUGUUGACCGUAUUGGUUCUUCAGAACUUUGUGCUAAUCACGUAAAAUACCUAUUGAACGUUUAUGCUGUUUUAAUGAAACGUAGUAACAGUUUUGAAGUCGUUAUGUUGGAAAGCUUAAUUGGAAGAUUGUACAAUUUGCUGUCGGAGGAAACGAAGCACACCCUUAUCAUGGAGCUCGAUGAUCUCGAAAAUCCAUUCUGGUUGCCUGUCGCGCGAUUUUUGCCCUCGAAAACAAAAUUAUUCUUGCAGAAUCGACUAGCGUGCGUAUUAAACGAGAUCCCGCACAUUUUCGCUGAAUUACAACGGCAACCCACUGUACAAAGUUGGAAUCGUAUCACAACGCUGAUGCUAUUGAUCGGAAAACUCAAUUACACGGGUGAGAGAAAUACUAUUGAUAUUCUAUCUCAGAUAUGGAAUUCUAUUGCAAGCACGAUCGAAAUUUUCGAAGGCAGACAAUUGGAUAUAUUAUCGGAAUUUAUGUCGAAACUGUUCAGUGCUACGCAACCUGAACAAAUUCAGGACGAUACUUUCUUCUCGAUUCUAGAUGCAGUUUUGACAUCACUUUCGUAUUUUCCGCCAUAUGUGAAGGCGAUAGCGUCAUACUAUUUGAAGAAUAAUGUCAACUCUCUUGACUGCUGUGGAAUUAAAACAAUCAAUGCCUUAUCAGAGCUCAAUUGUCGACUUCUGGAAGAUGAAAAUCCAUGGGUACGACAAGAAGCUUUUGAAUCGUUUGAUCAUGUAGCUCAUAUGUGCCCGAACGAAGAUCUCGUCACUAAAAUGGCAGCUGCGAUUACAAAAAUAUCAUCAUUGAGAGAUUCUUUACCGGCUUAUCUUUCUGGCACGUCUUAUUACGAGCUUCAAGAUUUCACGGAUAUCGAAGGCUAUCUGCAGCAAAUAGCUAAGCAUGCAAAAAAUGUUCCUCAUAUUUGCAACAAUUACGAUGAUUCUCAGAGAGACGAAAAGCUUGCUAAAUUGGAAAUUGAGUCCAUCGAAAGUUUCGAUGAAACUUCGAGUUUAAAUGAUCUCGAUGAACACGUGAGCAAAAUAUGUGACGAAUUGAAUGAUAUUUUAAAAAAACAUAAUGACAUCGGAAGUCACAUGUUACAAAAAUUAAAACUAAUUUGCGCGAAAUUUUUGGAUCUAAUUGAAUAAAAAUAAAUUUUAUUUUAACAUAUUUUGAAUAAUAUAAAUUGUAAUCUUUUUUUAUGUCGUGAGAAUAAGUUCGCAUGAUGAAUUAAGAAAUAAAUAUAAAUAUAUUUUUUUAUUUUCAUCGAUACAUUCAUAAUUACAAAUAUUUCGAAAACUGUUCAUUUUUGUGAAAAAUGUCUUUGAUUUUCGGUUUCAGCAAUGUCCUCGAAAUGACAAAUUUGGAACAAAAUUUUGCUUUUUAAAGAGAUACUUAUCAAGACUCUAAAUAUCAACAUAAUUAUUAGAACAUAGGCCCACGAAUUUCAACGAUUUUUGGAUUUUUGUUAUAGAAAUUAAUAUUCUGAAUAACUUUCUUUUUUAUGCUAUGCGGAUGGAUUCGUAAUGUAUGCAAAUGCAAUUCUCAGAAACCAAGAUUGAACGGCGAUUAUAUGUACGGGAAAAUGUAUUACAUUCUCGAUAACAUAUCCAAAAAUCAUUGAAAUCGGUGGAUUGAAUCAUCUUCUAUACAAUUAUCAAUAGCAAAUUUCGAUAUAGGAAAAUAUUGAAUAAUUGAUAAAAGUAAAUUGUAACUGUAUAUUUAAACUGUAUGUAUUAAGUAAGUAUAAGCAUACACAUACAUAUGUGCAUAGGAUAUAUUAUCCUUACUAAUCAUACAUUUUGCUGCUAUUUUUCUUACAAAAAGCAAGAUCAUUAACAUAUUUUCAAG